UGGAACCCACACCCUCCGUACUCAGCACACUGCUCAUCAUGUUCAGACAACUCCCUCCUGUCUUUGUUGCUUCCAGCCGAAGGGACAGUAGCUUCCUCAAAUGUUGAAGCACAAUUAUUGAAGCCUGUGCAUAAACCUCAUUGGGAUAUAUUUUUGGAGUAGUCAGCAGGAUUUUCCCACUCUAAAUGUAAGUUGCUUACAUCUUGCUGUUGUCUUGGCAGUGAUUACACCGGUCUAACUGAGGCCGCUUGUAGCGAUGGAGUCUUCCAACUUUUCUUCGCUGUCGUCCAUAAGGGGAGAGUAUGCAUCCGGGGAUUACAUGCAAUCCCACUACAAGGAGUCGUAUCGGCUGGCCAUCGAUUGCUUACUGAGCGGCGGCAGAGACAGUUAUGCCGAGUUCCUCAAGGGAGAACGCACCGGGAGCUUCUUGUCCGAAGACGAGCUCGACUUCAUCACGACCAACGCCAAGCAGCUCCCGCCUCAGAACAACGCCGAGGAAGACAACGCACCCACGGAGAGCAGCAAAUCGUCCUCGGGGACGUACUGGCCCGUCAACUCCGACGUGGACGCUCCUAAUUUAGACUUGGGGUGGCCGGAGGUCGUGCAGGAAAAACAAGACACCAACAUAGAUCUACUCUAUCAUCCCCCGAGACAGAACAGCCCCUCCAUUAAAGAAGUGGUUCUCAAGAAUAUCAGGAAUGCAAGACAGGUAAUCGGCAUUGUGAUGGAUAUGUUCACCGAUGUCGAUAUAUUCAAAGAAGCAGUUGACGCAUCCAUACGAGGAAUACCGGUCUACGUGCUUUUGAACGAUUCCCACUUGAAACAUUUCCUCACAACGGCUGAAAAUCAAGAUGUUAAAAUUCAACAACUGAGGAACAUGAGAGUACGCACUGUGAAAGGCGAAGAUUAUCUGUGUCGGUCAGGGACAAAAUUUCAUGGGGAAAUGGAGCAGAAGUUCAUCUUAGUGGACUGUCACACUGUGAUUUUUGGCUCCUACAGCUUUACUUGGUCUUGUGGAAGGAUCAAUCUGAGCAUGGUGCAAGUUAUUACAGGCCAUCUGGUGAAGUCCUACGAUGAGGAGUUUAGAACGCUGUACGCAAGGUCCGCCGUGCCAGCUGAGCUGUGCCAACCAGAGGGUUCUCUCCACUCCAACGGUCUGCAUGAUAUGCGAACCUGGCCAAAAUAUAAUUCCCAUUGCAGCCAAACGCUGGAUCGUCGGGACCAGUUGAGGCACACGUUGGACUCUGUCUACCGGAAGACCUGCGAGAGGAAUCAGUACGGACCUUUGAUUGAGCAUGACAGUGGUUUGCAGAAGCACAUGUCUCAAUUUCAGUCCACAGAGACGAUGAACUUCUUAAAAAGGCACAGCUAUGCCGGGGAGAGACAAGACGGAUAUACCCCACAAAAUGUCCGGACCAGAGCAAGCAACUGGAAUAUUACUCGUGAAACCGGAAUUGGGACCAACCACUAUCCAUUGGAUAAUAAUUAUUUAGCGCCACACAUGUACAGGAGUCAACAAGUUCGUCAGUCAUACAAUGGCAAUGACAAACACGUUCUGUCCAUACAGCAGAACAUGCCCACGCUGGAAAAAACAUCCAAGUCAUUCAUGCGCACAUGGAGGAUAGAGUCCUACCUGAAAAACCCGGAUGUCCCAUACGGAGAGUCUGACUAUCUGGAUCCAUUUGAUCGACGAAUGAGGUCUUCCCUCAAUUAUAGGUCUGCUAUACCGGAGCAAAUGGAGAUCACCACACACAUAAAACCCACAUCCUCUGUAGGUAACCCGUCAUCAGUACACAAUGCUUUGCACUACUCUUCAAUGCAGUGGAAUCCGAUCGACAGCAACAGAUCAAACAAUGACGAAUUUAUAAUGAGGAGAAAAACCCAGCAGAUGUUGGAGGACUAUGGCGGAGGGACAAGCGCAUAUCCGUCUUCAUACGCCAGUUUGGGUAGAGCACAACGUGGGCAGAUCGUCACAAACCCUGACCUCCUGACAAACAGCUGGAACAAAAGGCACAGUGUGGCAGAUUCCAGAUCGAACUCGUCAUACACGCAGGACUCCUCAAGUGCCAUGUAUGGGGGUUUUUCUAGAAUGCAAAUAGAUCGAGGCACAACUGGAAUCAAUCAUGGAGGAUACGGGUCAAAUCUCAAUGUGGACCAGAGAUCUGUCUCUCAAUACGAUGUCAAGAGCACCACCACUUCUAGUUGGCGGGAUCAACCUGCUCGGACGGUGUCUGAUGUAGCCCUGGAUAGGAAUGACGAGGAUUUGACAGUUAAAUCCAACAUAAUGGGCUCUCAGCAAUUUCUGAAGAAGAGCACAAAGAAGAUUAAGUCAUUUUUGAACAUACCAGACAAAAGAGAGAGCCAAACGAGAACAAUAGAAACCCCGAGCGUGACGUCAGAGAGCAGCACAGACACUAUAAAAGGUGAGGAUGAGAGCGCCAUCUCUGAAAGUGGGUUUAGAAUUCACCCUAGCAACUCAUCCAGCGGUUAUCACAAGAACCACACGGCAGAUGUAAAAUAUUCCGAACCACGAUUCACCACUGAGGAGCAGCGGCCAGCGCAAAUCUCUCGCUAUGAAACACAAAGUAAGGCAGACAUCCCUGACAAAAGCAACGACAUACCAGGUUGGAAUAAAGACAGGAAAACUGACCAUCGGCUCUACAGCAGAUUUGAGCCUUUCUGUUCAGUUGAAAAGAAGCAACCUUUACGCUCUCCAUUCAACUACCCGGAGAAAACCAAAACUAAAAGUGAGGCAGUGAAUGACCACAGUUUCCACCGGCUGGGAAGGAGUCACCAUGAAAAUAAGAUUGAGAAAUUCUUUCAUAAAGUGGGAAACUUCAUCCACAAGAACAAAUAGCAGAGUGUCUUGCCAAGGUGCAGGUCACGGAACAUUUGUUUGCCUGGCGAACCUGCAUUUUACUGUCACAAGUUAGUACCCAAACAAGUGAUAUUUACCAUAUUGUCACAGUGGGACCUAGAUAGUUGAAUACAACUCCGUUGCUAGUCGUCUUACAAAUACAACUUAAAUUACUAAUACAUUUAAAAUGAAUGAUUACAUCACUUUGAAGUCUAUAUCUAAUAUAGACUUCAAAGUGGUUGAAUUCAAUCCAGUUCAAAACUGUUACCAUUAUAAAACCUGUAUUAACAAUACAGGCAGUGUUAUCAAACAUUGUAUAAUAAACCCACAAUAAAGUCAAACUACCGUAAAUCCUGGGCCAUAGAGUGCACCUGCUUAUAAGCCGCGCCCACUUAAUAUUUUUAUAGGUAUUGGCCACAGUCUAUAAGGUGUACACAUUAAAACAUGGAAUAUUUACACGUGUUUAUUCACAAGUUUGCCAAAAGACAGUGCCUGUAACAUGACAUACAGUAGCCUACCGGAGUGUGGCCUUCUCUUCAAGAUCGGCCAUUGGGGUUCGUUAGUGUUGGUGGAUUUCUGUUCCGUUCGGCGGCUGUUUGCUUUUUUUGAUGGCCUGGUUGAUCGUCUUCAGCUUCAGGGUUGCGUUGAGUACAUUUCGGUGUGUCUUCUCCACGAUGAAUCUGAGCCCACAAUGCACUAAAUUGGCUGACUAAAUGAUUGUGAGAGUGCGUUUGAUUUACUGUGAAUAAUCUCAUUGGUCCACCGUGAUCCGUUUGGCAAGUUCAUUGGUCUGAUGUGACGAGGCUACGUUUACUGGUUGCAUGAGAUGCUUAUGAAACCGUAAAAUCUAUGAAUUAGCUGCAACAUUGUAUAAAAUGCAGUGUUCAUAGCGUGGGGGGAAAGCAUUAUAAUCCGGAAAUCACAGUACUACCCCUUUGAACUGCAAGCCGGACACAUAAUGGAGAGCUGUGUGGUUGGUUUGUCAGCAUAUGGUUUAAAGCGUGUUUGUAAUUGUCUUUUGCUGUGUAACUGAUAUCUUCAUGGGCAAAAUCCCGAAACAACCUAACAGCUAAAGAAAAAACGAAACAUAUCCAGGAUAUCGCUUAUGCUUAAUUUGAUUCAGGCCUGUUGAACAAAAGCUUUCAAUAGAAUCUGUAUGGCUCUCUGAGGUUUUAAGCAAAAGGUCAAGGAUGCAGAAAAUGCAAACAUGUCACGCAUGAUUUUUUUAUUUUUAUUAACAUAAAGUAUGUCGGUAGCUACUCAGGUAGUUUUGGUAAUCAUUUCCCCUGACCAAAAGCAACACACCUAUAGGUAAGGUUUAUGAUUAGCAAGGUCCAAAAUAAAUAUAUAGUAAGCCAGCGGAUUUAUUUUGGUGGGUACUUCCAGGUGCAGCGUCUAGGUCAAUCUUCCCGAAGUCUGCUUAUGCCAUUGACAAAUCAAUUCAUCUGAACACAGAUAUGAUAUAUCGAAUGACGCGGCAGGAGAUUUUUGGCAAGAUACUAUGUCACUCUGCAGGUACAGGUUCUAGUUCUUUUGUUGUAUUGUAUUUGUACAGUACCACUGUGUUUAGAUUAAGAAGGCUUCCAGCAAACACUGUUUACAUUUGGGCUCUUCCAAUUGUGUUGUGCACUGGUGCACCUGACUGUGCUGUAUGUUUACCUGCUGGACCAUGGCAGACCUCGAGAAAACACAUAACUUAAAUGAUCACAAUCAAGCAGUAAAUACGUCAGACUGAGAUGUCAUUUAAAUAGUACUUGUGUCAAAGCGCCAUGAGUCUUAUAGACAUUAUAGACACGUCUAUUUACAUUCCAAAGCACUUAUGAGUGACAAAAGGUUGCUACGAUUAAGAGUCGGUCACCAUGGUUUCUGUAAUUUUUUGUAAAUAUCACAUAUUUUUAACACUGUAUUUCUUUGCAUUGCAAAUGUUGGGACUAUACAUGUUUUAUUGGACUCCAGACAUACACAAAUGUGUGUGUUGUUUAAUUUUGUAAGAAGAACAUGUGUACAUGGUUAAGUGUUGUUAUAAAUGCACAUUCUGUAUGUAGGUGUACAUGUACAUUUACAUAAGCGUAUAUGUUUCGCCGAUAGUUUAAUUUCUGAUGCGUGUCAGCAUUAAACAUAUUGCAUGAAGUACCAAAGUGAAAAUGUUGUGGAUAUUACAAUGUACAGUAUAUACAGUACAGUAAAACCUGGGUAUUUUCCUCGGCCCAACUAAGGUUCAUCAACAUUGGAUAGGGAAAAUUCAAAUCCAUGUGUGGAUAAAAUGGACAAUGAUUUUUAAUUUGCAAGUGAAUUUGUUGUGCGUGUACAUACGCUACUUAUAUCUUUUGCCUACUGUGCGUAUGUAAGGCCAUGUGUGUGAUAAACCAUGAUGUUCGCUUCAGAGAUGAAGAGAGUCAUUGGAGCUGGGAAUAAUCAAUGUGUUGCCAAGUUCACUUUUAUUGCAAAUAUUGUUCCGAAAUCAGAGAAGAAGGAAUUCACGAACUUGGGCAGUACCCGCUCUGAGCAAGUCGUAUACACACAGGAAUGAAUGUACUAAAAGCCAACCAAUCACAGCCAUUACAUUGUGAUGCGAGGUAUGAUUUUUUUCCAGAGGAGCACACUCAAGCCUUUGGAGGAGGGAGGAGCACGCUUGCAUAAGAUGUAUAAACCAAGGCUUGGUUUUGAGGCUUUAACACAAACAAAUUAUGCUAAAAAAGAUUAAUACCAGUGCCUCGCUCUGCCACUUUCUCAUCUCAAAACACAUUUCAGCUCAUCCUCGUAUUACUCCUGGUGCUGUGGUUGUGUAAGCACAGGUCUUGUAUAUGUGCUUUAGUUACACUUUUGAACAUGCACAUUUUGUUUUGCUGUUGUUUUGGGAGAUCUUGA